GACCUCACCAGACAUGCCAUUAUACAUGCAGCUAAAAAAAGGUCAAAAUGAAGGUAACUCUCCUCUUUGUGAUUGCAGCCAGCUUCUUGGCCAGUGUACUGGCUAACUACAGUGACAUCAAAUCCUGCACCUUUACAGACAGCAAAGGGAAGAAAUAUGACCUGAGUGGACUCAUUGCUGCAGAUGAGAUGGCCUACUCGUGGUCUCAGCAACUAUGGGAUACGUCUGACAACAUAUACUCAAACCCUGACUUCUCUAACAAGAAGAACUACAUGUUUCAGUUGCAGAUCUGCCGUAACAUCACCAAACCUAUCCACCCCGAAGCUUGCAAUGUCUCCGCUGCCACUUACAUGUAUGAUGAGACCACCAAGGGCUGUGUCUCUUUUGGAAAGCUGGAGCUGGCUACCUUUGAAGAAAACCCUUUCGGAGAUGGUAUUCAUCUGAACCUCUACUAUGGGGACACCGUGACACACACUCUCCGUUACAAGGGCAAGAUCUAUUUUGUGUGUGACCAGACCAAGAUUAUGGACGGUCCUGUGUUUGAGCACCUCAAGGACAACUAUGACGGCCACUUCCGUAUUAAUACGAAGUAUGCUUGUUAGAUUUUUAAUAUACCCUCUACCAAACAGAUCGAUCGAUGUUGACUAUAAUAGAAUUACGCUUAUAAUAAUAGCAAAAACUAUAUACUGUAUAAAUGUUGUUCUUGAAGAAUGAAGUGGUUAUAAUUA